AUGCUCCAGACCAACUACUCGCUGGUUCAGCUGGGUCUGCUGACCUAUGACCUGUGUGUCAACUCCUCCAGUGAGCUGUUCAGGGCAGCGCCUGUCAUCCAGCUAGUGGUGUUCAUCAUCCAGGACAUAGCCUCGCUGUUCAACGUCAUUCUCCUGAUGAUGCUCAACACACCCAUGUUCCAGGUCGGCCUGGUCGCUCUGCUACUGGAGAGGUUUAAAGGCUUGCUGGUGCUGUCUGCCAUCUACCUCACCCUCAGCAUCUCAUUUCACUGCUGGGUAGUGAACCUGAGAUGGUCAACAGUUUGA